AUGAUUAAUGAUAGCUAUGAGCCCCGCGAUGUCAUUGAAUACUGUCUCCUCACAAACUGAACAAAAACAAAACCGGAUCAUCUUAAUUUCGAUUCCAAAAAUCUUAAGGAAUGCAUGAUAUAUCUCAAAACCUCAAAAUUUCGUAAAUCCAUAGCUCUAUCCCUUAAUAAAUGAUACAUAGAUGACCCAAAUUUAUUAUCCCAGCUCUCUAUUUCCAAAACUUUAUUUGACCUAUUAACUGAAGAAUCCAAUGAUACAAAUGAUGACAAAAAAUACCUUUGCUUUAUAUGUGGGGAUAAGACUUUUUUCAAUAUCCUCUCUCAUUUAAAGCUCCAGCACAAAAUGACAAAAGAUCUAAUAAAAGAUUAUUUUAAAAUGUAUAAAAAUGACUAUGAGGCUAUAGGGUAUAGUCUGGAGGCUUUUGAUGAUGCAACCCAUGCAAGAUGUGAUAUAUGCAAAAAAAAAUUUUUGAAGAUUUAUUAUAAAAAACAUCUUUAUGUGCAUUUCGAUUUAAGGUUUGUGAUUUGUCCUAUUUGUGGGAAAUCAAGGUCGAAGUUUAAUUUGAAGGGGCAUAUACAGAGAGCACAUGUAAGGCCUGGAGGACUGAUUAGGGAUAGAUAA